AAACGCCCAUUCUCUUUAUAGUAGAAAGGAGACGAGGGCAAAGCAGCGUAGAUUCGCUCUCUCAAACACCAAGUCAGUGCACAGAACAGAACCUCCUUGAGAACUAUGGCGGCAGCCGGCGGAGGAGGAGCGGUGAAGGAGGUGAAAUCGAAGGCGGAACUCGACAGCCUCGUUGCCGAGGGUAAUCCUGUAAUUCUACACUUCUGGGCGUCGUGGUGCGAUGCCUCCAAGCACAUGGAUCAACUCUUCUCGCACCUCUCCACUGAUUUCCCUCUCGUUCGCUUCCUUAGGGUAGAAGCUGAAGAGCAGCCAGAAAUUUCGGAGGCAUACUCGGUGUCCGCUGUACCUUACUUUGUAUUCUUUAAGGAAGGCAAGGCAGUGGAUACAUUGGAAGGCGCAGAUCCAUCAAGUUUGGCAAACAAGGUUGCUAAAGUUGCAGGAUCUAUCAAACCUGGAGAACCUGCAGCUCCUGCUAGCCUUGGGAUGGCUGCUGGACCCACUGUUCUCGAAACUGUCCGAGAACUUGCAAAGGACAACGGUGCAUCUCAUCAUAGUGGACAGCUGUCUUCUGGUACAGGUGAUCAGCUGAAAAAGAGACUUGAGCAGCUGGUUAAUUCUCAACCAAUCAUGCUUUUCAUGAAAGGCAACCCCGAGUCGCCUCAGUGUGGCUUUAGUCAAAAAGUAGUUGACAUCUUGAAGAAAGAAAACGUCAAAUUCGGAAGCUUCGACAUCUUAUCCGAUAGCAAAGUUCGUGAGGGAUUGAAGAAGUUUGCGAAUUGGCCGACUUUUCCCCAGCUGUACUGCAAGGGAGAACUCCUCGGUGGUUGUGAUAUCGCAAUUGCUAUGCACGAAAGUGGGGAACUUGGUGAGGUUUUUAGAGACCAUGGAAUUCAAAUUACUGAUUCAAACGAGGGGAAACUCGCUGAACCGAAUCUUGGAAAGGGCGGCGUCACUGAACCAUCAGGAUUGAGUACAGCUACGACCGAGCGUUUGGGAACCCUGGUUAACUCAGCCCCGGUCAUUUUAUUCAUGAAGGGAAAACCCGAUGAACCACGGUGUGGCUUCAGCCGCAAGGUAGUUGAUAUCCUCAGACAGGAAAAGGUUGAGUUUGACAGUUUCGAUAUUCUUAGCGACGAUGAGGUUCGUCAAGGGCUUAAAGUGUAUUCGAACUGGUCGAGCUAUCCUCAGCUAUAUAUAAAGGGGGAGCUUAUAGGUGGAUCGGACAUUGUGUUGGAGAUGCAAAAGAGUGGAGAGCUUAAGAAGGUUCUAUCUGAGAAAGGGGUUACUUCAGGUGAGACUAUUGAGAAUCGGUUGAAAAAGUUGGUGAGUUCUUCGCCUGUGAUGCUAUUUAUGAAGGGUACACCAGAUUCUCCAAAGUGUGGUUUCAGCUCAAAGGUGGUGAAUGCACUUAGGGGAGAGGGUGUGGAAUUUGGGUCUUUCGAUAUUCUGAGUGAUGAUGAGGUGAGGCAAGGAUUGAAGACAUUUUCGAAUUGGCCGACUUUUCCGCAGUUGUAUUACAAAGGGGAGUUGAUUGGAGGCUGUGAUAUUGUGCUGGAGCUUUCGAGUAAUGGCGAACUGAAAGAUACUUUGUCCGAGUAAAAUUAAUCUUAAUUUUCGACAGAAAAUAUUUCUGCAUCUUGGUAUUUUUGAUAUAGUGGUGUGGUGUUUCGCAAAAUGCCCAUGUUUUGCACCUUUAGUUUGCAGGGUUUUUUUUUCUCUUCUUCCGUAAACUCUUUAACUUAUGAAUGCUUGGUGAUUGUUUUUGCAGAA